AACUUUAUUAUCACCAUUGAAACUUAAGCUUCCUUUACGAAACUCUGAACCCAAAAAACAAGCAUUUAGAGAACCUUCAUUUUCACUCUUUUUCCCUGCCACCCCAUUUGAAAAUCAUCUAAGUUUUACCCCUUUUUUUUCCUCUUCAUACUGUCAUCACUUUGAGUUUUUGCACUGUAUUUUCAUCUGUUAGUCCAUAAUUAACAUCAAUGGCUCAGUCUUUUGUCUCAUUUCUUAUUGAGAGAAUUGAAGGUGUGUUGAGAUUAAACAAAGUCAACCUUUUAUUUGGUUCCAAAAAAUGUGUUAAGGAACUUCAAAAAGAACUCAAGAAUAUGAAGCAGUUACUCAAAUAUGCUGAACAAACACAAAAAGAAAACAAAAAAAUUCAAGAACUGAUAGAAAAUAUUAGAAGGGUUGCCUUCAAUAUUGAUGAUGAAGUUGAAAGCUACGCGUUUAAGGUCGCGAAAAGCUGGAAAUUCUGUAACAAAGGAUCAGUUAUGGAACAGUAUAAGAGAACUUUUCACGGUAAUCAAAAGAAGUUUCAGCUAAAGAUGGUAGAAUUUAAAGCUAAGGUGAAAUGGUUCUCAAUGAGCUUGGAAUAUUAUGGUGCAAAAAAGUCCAGUAAAAUUCCACACAUCAUGGCAGAGAAACUUCGGAGUAUUGUGAUUGAGUUUUCACAUCAAAAGGAGAAACAUGAUGGAGUUGCAAAACAAUCAUUCCUAAAUUUGAGCUUGGAAUUGAUUUAGGCACCAGCACUGGGAAGUCCAUUUUGGGUUGAGAAUUCUAAAACUAAGUUUUACUGACUUGGAGAUUAGUUUCUUGUUGUUUUGGGAAAAGUUUUUGAAGCCAAUUUGCAUUAGAGAAGUUUGGAAAAGUCGAACACAAUUUUAAUUUGACUGCCUAGUUUCUUUGGGUUCAAAAAUUGGUGUAUCUACUGAACCAUUGUGUAAAGUUAAAUUGCAAGACUAAUUCUGUUUUUUUUUCUGAGUUGAAAAUGAUCCUUCUAUUAAAAUCUGGUGGUAGCUACUGGUGUAAUCAGUUAAAUUUUGAACAAUUGAGAGAGGACGACUGCCUGUUGAAAUGGAUGAAGUGGAUCAGGCCACACAAGAUGCCCAAGAAGCCCCGGAAGAUGAUCUACACCAGCACGUUAUAGGCAAAAAGAAAUGAGAAUCACGACAUCGAGGAUUACUCUACUAUAAUGAGCAUCGCGGUUAAACUGUUAUAACUUUUUUUGUGCCAAUAUGUUAUUUGAAGAAGUGUAAAUGGACUAGUAGUAUAUCAAUAGUAAGAUGGAAGGGUGUAAAUAGACUAGUAUCUAAAUUCUGUUUUAUA